CCCCCUACCUCCCUCCCUCCCUGGGCUCCACUCCGCGGAAGGAACCCGGUGCCCCCCUGUCUGAUCGUUUCCAGUUACGUUACCCCAAGAUGGAGGGCUGCAGAUGGCACGGCUAACCAGUCGCCAGUCCCCGCAGCCGUCCGUGUGGCUUCCAUGACGCCCUUUUCCUGCACGGCGGAGACCGUGUGCCAUCUUUUUGUCGUUUUUCGGGAGGUAUCGACCACUUAGGAGGCAGCGAGCCCCGGGAUCCGGGUCGAGGCAGCCAUGAGCUCCGGGGAAGGAGCGGAGGAAACCACGAAGGACGCCGGUGACAUAGAGACGCCGUUUAAGACCGAUGGAUCCCUCCCUAAAGAGCCCAGAGGAGAUGUGUCGAGCCAGAUAGCAGGAUUUAGGAGAAAUGAGGAGAUGAGAGCAAUGGAAGUUCUCCCCAUCCUCAAAGAGAAAGUGGCUUUUCUGUCCGGUGGAAGAGACAGACGUGGUGGUCCAGUAUUAACGUUUCCAUCACGCAGUAACCACGACAGAAUACGAGCAGAUGACCUGAGGAGACUGAUCGCCUACCUCGCCUGCAUCCCCAGUGAGGAGGUGUGUAAACAUGGCUUCACAGUCAUUGUUGACAUGCGCGGCUCCAAGUGGGACAGCAUCAAGCCUCUGCUGAAGAUCCUGCAGGAGUCGUUUCCAUCCUGCAUCCACGUCGCCCUCAUCAUCAAACCGGACAACUUCUGGCAGAAGCAGAGGACCAACUUUGGCAGCUCCAAGUUCGAGUUCGAGACCGUCAUGGUGUCACUCGAGGGUCUGACGAAGGUUGUGGACCCCUCCCAGCUGACGGCUGACUUCGACGGCAGCCUGGACUACAACCAUGAAGAAUGGAUCGAGGUGCGAGUGGCGUUCGAGGAGUUUUCUGGUCACGCCUCUCAGAUGUUGACGAGACUCGAAGAGAUGCAGGAAACUGUGUCGAGAAAAGACUUCCCCCAAGACCUGGAGGGAGCGAGGCGGAUGAUAGAGGAGCACGCUGCACUGAAGAAGAAGAUCAUAAAAGCUCCUAUAGAGGAGCUUGAUACAGAGGGGCAGAGGUUGCUUCAGCGGAUUCAGAGCAGCGAGGCUUUCUCCAACCGCAACGGCAGCACCGGCGGCAGCAGCAGCAGCGGCGGCGGCGGCGGCGUCUGCAACGCCGACACCCAGGGCCUGCUGCCGCGGAUCAGCCAGCUGCUCGACAAGCUGCACUCCACCCGGCAGCACCUGCACCAGACCUGGCACGUCCGGAAGCUGCAGCUGGAUCAGUGCUUCCAGCUCCGCCUGUUCGAGCAGGACGCAGAGAAGAUGUUCGACUGGAUCAUGCACAACAAAGGUUUGUUCCUGGCAGGCUACACAGAGAUUGGCAACAACCACCCCCACGCCGUGGAGCUGCAAACCCAGCACAAUCACUUUGCAAUGAACUGCAUGAACGUGUACGUCAACAUCAACCGCAUCGUGUCGGUCGGCAGCCGGCUGCUGGAGUCCGGUCACUACGCCUCGCAGCAGAUCAAGCAGAUCUCAGGACAGCUGGAGCAGGAGUGGAAGGCGUUCGCCGCAGCACUGGAGGAACGUAGCACGCUCUUAGAAAUGUCCGCCAGCUUCCAUAAGAAGUGUGACCAGUACAUGAGUAACGUGGACUCGUGGUGUAAGGCGUGCGGUGAGGUGGACCUGCCCUCCGAGCUGCAGGACCUGGAAGAUGCAAUCCACCAUCACCAAGGCCUGUAUGAGCACAUCACAGCUGCCUACUCUGAGGUGAGCCAGGACGGAAAAGCCCUGCUGGACAAGCUGCAGCGGCCUUUGACACCGGGCAGCGCCGAUUCGCUGACGGCGUCGGCGAAUUACUCCAAGGCGGUGCACCCCGUCCUGGACAUCAUCCACGAGGUGCUGCAUCACCAGAGACAGCUGGAAAACAUCUGGCAGCACCGUAAAGUGCGACUGCACCAGCGUCUGCAGCUCUGCGUCUUUCAGCAGGACGUCCAACAGGUUUUGGACUGGAUAGAGAACCACGGCGAGGCCUUCCUCAGCAAACACACCGGCGUGGGGAAGUCUCUUCACCGAGCCCGAGCUCUGCAGAAACGCCAUGAGGACUUCGAGGAAGUGGCUCAGAACACGUACACCAACGCCGACAAGCUGCUGGAGGCGGCCGAGCAGCUGGCCCAGACGGGAGAGUGCGACCCGGAGGAGAUCUACCAGGCCGCCCACCAGCUGGAGGACAGAAUCCAGGACUUUGUGCGGCGCGUGGAGCAGCGCAAAAUCUUGCUGGACAUGUCUGUCGCCUUCCACACGCACGUCAAGGAGCUGUGGACAUGGCUGGAGGAGCUGCAGAAGGAGCUGCUGGACGACGUCUACGCCGAGUCCGUGGAGGCCGUCCAGGACCUGAUCAAGCGCUUCGGCCAGCAGCAGCAGACCACGCUGCAGGUCACCGUCAACGUCAUCAAGGAGGGAGAGGAGCUCAUCCAGCAGCUCAGGGACUCUGCCAUCUCCAGCAACAAGACACCCCACAACAGCUCCAUCAACCACAUCGAGAGCGUCCUCCAGCAGCUGGACGAGGCCCAGGCUCAGAUGGAGGAGUUCUUUCAGGAGAGGAAGAUCAAGCUGGAGCUUUUCCUCCAGCUCCGCAUCUUUGAGAGAGAUGCCAUAGAUAUUGUGUCAGAUUUGGAGUCCUGGAACGAGGAGCUGACGGGUCAGAAGAGCGACUUCGACACGGAGGACCUGACGCUGGCCGAGCAGAGGCUGCAGCACCACGCUGACAAGGUCCUGACCAUGACCAACCUGACGUUUGACGUCAUCCACCAGGGACAGGGGCUGCUGCAGUACGUCAACGAAGUCCAGGCGUCUGGGGUGGAGUUACUGUGUGAUCGGGACGCGGACAUGGCCACGCGGGUUCACGGCUUGCUGGAGUUCCUUCACGAGAGACAUCGGGAGCUGGACGUCGCAGCCGAGCAGCACCGCAGGCACCUGGAGCAGUGCGUCCAGCUGAGACACCUGCAGGCUGAAGUCAAGCAGGUUCUGGGCUGGAUCCGAAAUGGUGAAUCGAUGCUUAACGCUGCCCCGAUCACAGCUAGCUCCCUGCAGGAGGCUGAGCAACUGCAGAGGGAACACGAGCAGUUUCAGCAUGCCAUUGAGAAGACCCACCAGAGUGCCCUGCAGGUGCAGCAGAAGGCGGAGGCUCUCCUCCAGGCCAACCACUACGACAUGGACCUGAUCAGAGACUGCGCCGAGAACGUGGCUUCUCACUGGCAGCAGCUAAUGCUGAAGAUGGAGGACCGACUCAAACUGGUCAAUGCGUCCGUGGCCUUCUACAAGACCUCUGAACAGGUGUGCAGCGUGCUGGAGAGCCUAGAGCAGGAGUACAAGAGGGAGGAGGACUGGUGCGGAGGAGCUGACAAGCUGGGACCCAACUGUGAAACGGACCACGUGACGCCCAUGAUCAGUAAGCACCUGGAGCAGAAGGAGGCUUUCCUCAAGGCUUGCACUCUGGCCAGAAGAAACGCGGACGUCUUUCUAAAGUACAUGCACAGGAACAGCGUCAACAUGCCUGGGAUGAUGAGCCACGUCAAGGCCCCAGAACAGCAGGUUAAAAACAUCCUCAAUGAGCUGCUGCAGCGAGAGAACAGGGUUCUACAUUUUUGGACCAUGAGGAAGCGGCGACUGGACCAGUGUCAGCAGUACGUUGUGUUUGAACGCAGCGCCAAACAGGCUCUGGAGUGGAUUCACGACACCGGAGAGUUUUACCUAUCUACGCACACAUCCACUGGUUCAAGCAUCCACCACACGCAGGAGCUGCUGAAGGAGCACGAGGACUUCCACAUCACGGCCAAGCAAACCAAGGAGCGCGUGAAGCUGCUGAUCCAGCUGGCCGACGGCUUCUGUGAGAAAGGCCACAGCCACACGGCAGAGAUUAAGAAGUGGGAGAAGGCUGUGGACGAGCGCUACAGGGAGUUCUCCAUGCGCAUGGACAAGUACCGCAGCAGUCUGGAGAAAGCCCUGGGCAUCUCUUCAGACUCUAACAAGGCAAGCAAGGACCUUCAGCUGGACAUCAUCCCAGCCACUCCUCCCGGGUUAGAGGUCAAGCUUCGGGAGCCGGCCGCGCAAGAGCUGAAUGAGGAAAAACGCAAGUCGGCGCGCAGGAAGGAGUUCAUCAUGGCAGAGCUGAUUCAGACAGAGAAAGCGUACGUGCGAGACCUGCGGGAAUGCUUGGAUACCUACUUAUGGGAGAUGACCAGUGGGGCGGAGGAGAUCCCUCCAGGAAUCAUCAACAAGGAGCACAUUAUCUUUGGCAACAUGAAUGACCUCCAUGAGUUCCACCACAACAUUUUUCUCAAGGAGUUGGAGAAAUACGAGCAGCUUCCAGAGGAUGUUGGCCAUUGCUUUGUCACUUGGGCUUUAAAGUUCCAGAUGUACGUGAACUACUGUAAGAACAAGCCUGACUCCACACAGCUCAUCUUAGAGCAUGCUGGGAACUACUUUGACGAAAUCCAACAGCGGCACCGACUGGCCAACUCCAUCUCCUCCUAUCUGAUCAAGCCAGUGCAGAGAAUCACCAAGUAUCAGCUCCUGCUCAAGGAGCUCCUGACGUGCUGUGAGGAAGGUAAAGGAGAGAUUAAGGAUGGCCUGGAGGUGAUGCUCAGUGUUCCCAAGAAAGCAAACGAUGCCAUGCAUCUUUCUAUGCUAGAGGGAUUUGAUGAGAACAUCGAGACUCAGGGCGAGCUGAUUCUCCAGGAUUCGUUCCACGUCUGGGAUCCUAAGACCUUGAUCCGUAAAGGCCGAGAGCGCCACCUCUUCCUCUUUGAGAUGUCUCUGGUCUUCAGCAAGGAGGUGAAGGACUCCAAUGGCAGGAGCAAAUACAUCUACAAGAGCAAGCUCUUUACGUCAGAGCUGGGGGUGACGGAGCACGUGGAAGGAGACCCCUGUAAGUUUGCUUUAUGGGUGGGACGCACCCCGACUUCUGACAACAAAAUUGUGCUCAAGCUAAGUCAGGGAGCCAAACAUGGAGCAACGGCGUCAAAUAUUGAGAACAAGCAAGACUGGAUCAAACGCAUCAGGGAGGUGAUCCAGGAACGCACCAUUCAUCUGAGAGGAGCCCUCAAGGAGCCCAUUCACAUUCCCAAACCAACCACAGCCAAGCAUCCCAAAGGACGACGCGAUGGAGAGGACUUGGACAGUCAGGGUGAAGGCAGCAGCCAACCAGACACCAUCUCUCUGGCAUCUCGCACCUCUCAGAACACCCUGGACAGCGACAAGCUCUCCGGCGGCUGUGAGCUCACAGUGGUGAUACACGACUACAUGGCCUGCAACAGCAACGAGCUGACGCUGAGACGGGGCCAAACUGUGGAGGUUCUGGAGCGCUGUCACGACAAACCAGAGUGGUGCCUGGUGAGGACCACGGAUCGCUCUCCUGCCCUGGAGGGCCUGGUGCCCUGCGCCUUCCUCUGCAUCGCCCAUUCUAGGUCAUCCAUGGAGAUGGAGGGCAUCUAUAACCACAAAGACACUUUGUCGGUGUGCAGCAACGACUCCAUUAUGCCAGGCUCCUCUGCCACGCUCCAGCCAGGUCACGGCAUCGGCUCCCACAGCUCACCUGGACCCAAACGACCAGGUAAUACGCUUCGCAAGUGGCUCACCAGCCCAGUGCGCCGGCUUAGCAGCGGCAAGGCAGACGCCCAUGUGAAGAAGAUCGCCAACAAGCAGAAGAAGAACCGCGAGAUGAGGAAGAGUGGAGAGAUACCGAUAGGCUUCCAGAAAGACUCGGACGACAGCGCUGCUACCCCUCAAGAUGAAACCCUGGAGGAGAGGGUUCGCAACGAGGGCCUGUCAAGCGGUACGCUGUCCAAGUCCAGUUCUUCAGGCAUGCAGAGCUGCGGAGAGGAGGAAGGAGAGGAGGGGGCCGACUCGGUCCCUCUGCCCCCGCCUAUGGCCAUCCAGCAGCACAGCCUGCUGCAGCCGGACGCACAGGAUGACAAGACGUCUUCUCGUCUGUCUGUCCGCCCGUCCAGUUCGGAGACGCCCAGUGCCGCCGAGUUGGUGAGCGCCAUCGAGGAGUUGGUCAAAAGCAAGAUGGCUCUGGAGGACAGACCCAGCUCUCUGUCCGUAGAACAGGGCGACAGCAGCUCUCCCUCUUUUAACCCCUCUGAUAACUCCCUCCUGUCGUCCUCCUCGCCCGGUGAAGAGAUGGAUGAACGCAGGGCCAGCAUCCUCAAGAAAAGACAUUACGUUCUGCUGGAGCUGGUAGAGACGGAGCGAGAAUACGUCAGGGACCUCAGCCUUGUUGUGGAGGGCUACAUGAGCAGGAUGAAGGAGGAGGGCGUCCCUGAUGACAUGAGGGGGAAGGAUAAAAUAGUGUUUGGAAACAUCCAUCAGAUCUAUGACUGGCACAAAGAUUUCCUCAGGGAGUUGGAGAAAUGUCUGGAGGACCCUGACAGAUUGGGACCGCUGUUUCUCAAACAGGAGCGGAGGUUAUACAUGUACGUCGUCUACUGUCAAAACAAGCCCAAGUCGGAGCACAUCGUUUCUGAGUACAUCGACACCUAUUUUGAGGACCUGAAGCAGCGGCUGGAGCACAGGGUGCCGAUCACCGACCUGCUUAUUAAACCCGUCCAAAGGAUCAUGAAAUACCAGCUGUUGCUCAAGGACUUCCUCAAACACUCUAAAAAGGCUGGGCUGGAGUGUCCGGACUUGGAGAAAGCGGUGGAGGUCAUGUGCAUCGUGCCCAAACGGUGUAACGACAUGAUGAAUGUUGGCCGGCUUCAAGGAUUUGAUGGGAAGAUUGUAGCUCAGGGCCGCCUUUUGCUCCAGGAUACGUUCAUGGUGUCCGACCCGGACGGCGGCCCGCUCGGCAGAAUGAACGAGAGGAGGGUGUUCCUGUUUGAGCAGCUGGUUAUCUUCAGCGAGCCUCUGGACAAAAAGAAAGGUUUCUCUCUGCUAGGCUUCCUCUACAAGAACAGCAUUAAGGUCAGCUGUCUGGGUCUGGAGGAGAGCGUGGACGGUGAUCCUUGCAAGUUCAUUCUCACUUCUCGGUCAACUAACGGGACCGUGGAGUCCUUCGUGCUUCACUCCGCCCAUCCAGGGGUUUGUGAGGUUUGGACACUUCAGAUCAGCCAGAUACUCGACAGCCAGCGCAAUUUCCUCAACGAGUAUCAGAGGAACCACGUCGGCGCAGGCGGCGGCUGUGUGGUCGGCGUGGGAGCUCAAGGCGGAGGCAUCGGUGGCGUAUCACCCGGAGUCGGAGGGGGCAUCUCUCAGACCAGCUCCAUCCCAUCAGGACCGCAGAGCGUCUCCCGACGGCCCUCCAAGAUUCCUCAACCCUCCCGCCUGCCUCAGCCCCUCCGUCCCCACACUGGGGCCGACGCAGACGGCCACAGCAAGAUGUUAGGUUUGUCCCCCCGUCCAGUCCCUGCUCCCCUGCUUCCUCCAGGGGGUAGUCCGCAGGGCAAGCGUCCUUCCCAGACCGUAGAGGACAAGGCACAGACCCAAACCCCCACCAACACUGUAACCCCUAUUCCUCGUGCCACUGUGGGGCCCCUGCCCUCCACGCCCACCUCCAAACCACGGCCAGGACCCCUGUCUCCAGUCGCCCCGACUCUGGCCACUCCCGCCUUUGGGAAGGACGCUCUUCCUCCUCCCCCUCCCAGCCCGGGUCAAAAGACUGGAUCUGGAUUCUGGAGCUCUAUGCCCGCCUCUCCAGCCAGCAGGCCUGGCUCUUUCACCUUCCCGGCAGAGGCAGGGGAGGCCCCGGUCCGUCAGACCGCAACCGGCACCGGGAACCAAGCCCACAGACACUCCACGCACAGCAAAGAGGCUGAUCGCAUGAGCACAUGCUCCUCUGCAAGCGAGCAGUCCAUCCAGUCCACCCAGAGCAACGGGAGUGAAAGUAGCAGCAGCAGUAGCGUGUCCACCAUGUUGGUGACCCAGGACUACAUGGCCGUGAAGGAGGAUGAGAUCAGCGUCAGUCAGGGCGAGGUGGUCCAGAUCUUGGCCAGUAACCAGCAGAACAUGUUCCUGGUGUUCAGGGCGGCCACUGAGCAGGGCCCCGCCGCCGAGGGCUGGAUCCCCGGAUUUGUGCUGGGGCACACCUCAGCCAUCGUCUCCGACGCCUCCGAGGGGCCGAUCAGCAGGAAGUCUUCGUCUUGGCACACGUCUCUGCGUAUACGCAAGAAGUCUGAGAAGAAGGACAAGGAGGCCAAGAAGGAGGCCAAGCUGGAAAACGGUUACAGGAAGUCCAGAGAAGGAAUGGCCAAUAAGGUUUCUGUAAAGCUUCUAAAUCCCAACUACAUCUAUGAUGCUCCCCCAGACUUCCAGGUAACUCUGAGUGACGUGACUUGUGACAACGGCGAGAGCGUCACCCUGCGAUGUAAGGUUUGUGGUCGACCCCGCGCCACCGUCACCUGGAGAGGACCCAACGAGUGCAACCUCACCAACAACGGGCACUUCAGUAUCGCCUACAGUGAUACCGGUGAAGCCACGCUCCGGAUAAUCGGUGCCGCCUCCGAGGAUGACGGUGUUUACACUUGCAUCGCAACGAACGAGCUGGGCAGUGUCAAGUGCUCGGCUAGCCUCCGGGUUUUGGCUGUGUCCACUGACGGCCUCAGAGUGACCUGGAAGGACAACUUUGAGUCUCAAUACACUGAGGUGGCUGAACUUGGAAGGGGUCGUUUCUCUGUUGUCAAACGCUGCGAUCACCUGUGCAACAAACGGAUGACGGUAGCCGUCAAACACGUCAACAAGAAGCUGAUGAAGAGAGACCAGGUGACUCAGGAACUCAAUCUGCUUCAAAGACUGCAGCACCCUCACAUAGUGAGGCUUGUUGACAAGUUUGAAACCUCCAGCAGCUACGCUAUAGUCCUGGAGAUGGCCGACCAGGGUCGUCUACUGGACUAUAUAGUUAGCUGGGGGAAUCUGACGGAGGAGAAAGUGGCCUCCUACCUGCGGAGCGUUUUAGAAGCUUUACACUACUUGCACAACUGCAGAAUAGUGCAUCUGGACGUAAAACCUGAGAACCUGCUGGUGGCCCAGAACGCCAGCGGCCAGCCCGUGGUCAAACUCACGGACUUCGGGGACGCCGUCCAGCUCAACAGUGCCCACUAUGUUCACCCUCUCCUGGGGAGCCCUGAGUUUGCCUCCCCGGAGCUGGUGCUGGGAGAGCCCGUGUCGCCGGCCUCCGACCUGUGGAGCCUGGGGGUGGUGACCUACGUGCUGCUGAGCGGCGCCUCCCCCUUCCUGGACGAGAGCGCGGAGGAGACGUGCCUCAACAUCUGCAGGUUGGACUUCAGCUUUCCCGACGACUACUUCCACGGGGUCAGCCAGGCCGCCAAAGACUUCGUCCGGCAGCUCUUAAGGACCGAGCCCCACAAGAGGCGGUCUGCUGGGCACCACCUCCAGGACCCGUGGAUACAGGCCCCCCAGGGCGACGGGCGGGGCCGAGGAGAGGGCUGCCUGGACACUGCGCGCCUCAUUUCCUUCAUAGACAGGAGGAAGCAUCAGACGGACGCACGGCCCAUCGGAGGAGUCAGGAGCUUCAUUCAGAGUCGCCUUCAGUCUCGAACUUGAACAGCCACGUUGCCUCUUUAGGGUUCAGAUGUACGCUGAUCUUAUCCUCUCUCACAGCUCUCAGAAAUCCUGUAGUCCUGCCAGGAGUUCAGUCGGGAACCAAUUGUGUUACCGAGCCCCGCGAGAACGUCACCAAAACCAAGGAAGGGGUGCCCUCGUCUACUGCUGCUCGCUGAGAUUUUCUAGUUUUAGAUGAACAAAACAGAUGCAUUAAUAUAGUAACUUAUUUUCCUUCAUAGGAUGUGAAAGCCGAUGAGAGGAGCUGCUCGACGGAGGCAGUCUGAAAAAAAAAACGUUGCCAAGGACCGGCCCCCGGGACAUUUUGUUUAUUCUUUUACACUAAAACCGUACCCGACACUUUGGAGAAGCAGCUCUAUCUUUUAGAAACGAUAUAUUUAAAGACAAAAGUACCUUCUCUUUGUUUAAUGUAAAAAAAAAAACAACACAGUUAAAAGUUGGCUGUGCUGCUUCAGACGGUGUUUUGAUGGUUGUGCUUGCAUCCAUCCUCCUGAGAUGCCAUGUUGACCAUGCUGGGUGUAACGAUGCUGCACUGUCCAUACCCAGAAGAACCAGCCCCCCCACCCUCCCCCCCGCCGAACAAAACCCACCCUCCGCAGACAGCGACAUGUUCUAGCCUUACCUUGUAAAUAGUCUUCUGCCUUCUUCCCUCCCACGUUCAGGGCAGAAACCUGCUCGCGGGGGUGGGAUGGGGGGGGGCGGCAGGACGCGGGACCGUCGGCGCCUCGGCGGUGGCAGCGAUCGCCGAGGGGAAACUAGUGAAUGUGGAAGCCCGGGAGGGAGAAAUCUUCUUUUUCCUGUAAAUGCACUCACUGUAUUGUUCUGUUUGAUUAUCAUGUGCAAUGUUGCGGCUUUAACCUUUUUAUGCAACUAUUUAUGAAGACAUCCGUUGUACCCGUGACGACUCUAGAGAAGAAGCAGGUACUGCGAGCUCUGCUGGUAGUUGGUGUUUGAGUGUUUCGGAGCGCCAGGCCACGCUAGGGUCACAGUCUACAAUCAUGUGAUUAGAUUAAGGGUUAUGGUUUGAUCAAAACUGAUUUAACACGUUUUGUACUGUACGCCUCUGUAGUAUUGGGACACCAAAGUUGCUCUAGCUUUAUAGUACUUAAGAAAAAGUUUUUAAUUGCAAUAUGUUUAGGUAAUCAACGACCUUUUUUGAAAUGACUGUUUACACAAAACUCAAGGAGUGUAGGGUGACGAACACUCCUAGUUUAAGUCCCCCUUUUUUCCUUCACAAAUAAGGAGGAGACUGCAGGAGGACAGGAACUAGCUCUUAUAAAUAACUAAAUUAAUUAGGAGUUAAAUGAUUUUAUUUCCUUUACUGCGUUUGCGAUUGCUGCCAAAAUAUUUCUUCCAUGAAUUUCUCUCCUAACUUGAAAAUCUCCCCUGGAAACUCAGCCGACAUUUCCUGGAAAUGAAAGCGGCAGAAGCUCGUUGUGAGGGCAGGACGAGCUGUUAGCUUUUUAUUUAUGCGAUGUAAUUGUGCACAGGCCGUUAAAAACAAGGAAACUUUGGACUGGAUACCUCGGUUUUAGUUUUCCCACCCUUUUUUUUUUGUUGUUUUGUUUUUUUAUUUGUUUGAUCAUUUACAUGUUUGCAGCAACAUUGUGUUUUUAUUUUUUAAUCUUUGCAUGUAUAUUUCUUUGUACAGCUCAUAAUAUUCUCUUCUGUAAAUAUUCCCAUUUUGUCAUCAGCUAUUUGAAAAUUAAACAUAAUGAACAAACAUCA